AUGGCCUACAACUACAAUCCGUACAACAACUCGUACCCGUACCCACCACCACCACCGAUCGGACCGUAUGGAGUCGGAUACGCGCCACCACCACCAAUUGUGCCAGUGCCAGCAAUGGCUCCGAUGCCAAUGGCCUCGUAUCCAGUCGCCCCUGUUCCAGUUGUUGCUCCGAUGAUGAUGCCACCACCAAUGAUGGCCCCUCCACCGGUUGUCGUCAUCGAGGAGCCGUACCAUCACCACCACCAUCAUUGGAACCCAUUCCAUCAUCAUCAUCAUCAUUGUUAACUUAAGUGAUAGAAAUUUUUUUCCAAUUCUAUGAUACAAAACUGAAUAAAACGGAACAAAAGUGAGAUGAACUGCAAUUUGGCAAGUGUUCGAUCAAAAAGGUCUGACAACCCCGUGUGGGUGGUGGGUGGCGUAAUAAAUAUGUUGUACAUGUUAGCGGAAGGUGGAAGAAAAGAUGGGAGGGGGCAACAAAACGGGUUCCUACUACUAAAUAAGAUAUGUUCUUUAUCAUUAUCAUCGCGCAUGUAUCAUUUUUCUCACUUUUACAACUUGCGUCAAGACCUAACCGAUUUAUGACUUCUUGACGCUGAUUUACUACUUCACGGCUGCUACCAACGUGGAUCGUCGCCAAAAUGAUCAGGUAUAUCAGUGUUGACACACAAAGUUAUCAUUAUUUGUGAAUAGAAAGAGGGGGAAAGGCAAACAAAGCAUUCCCGCCUAGUUGGAGAAUAUUCCAGAAAUGUACUACAGUUUCGAAAUGCAACAACAUUUUGACUCUGAUCUUUUUAGAAGAAAGUGUAUCUAUGUACUUAAAGUAUAAUAGGUAGAAUAAAAUAAUUAUCACUGAUUGAAAGAUAAGAACGUUUUUCUUUUCCUUUUUCGUUUUGAAACGCUUCAGUGACCCAGAAGUAUGACUCAAUCAGUGUUUUUAGAAAUUGCCUCACAAGUGUCUACUUUUAAGUGAUAUUAUGUUACUUUCCAUGACUUAACUUUACCAAGUUCAAAAUAAACAAACUAUUGCCUAAUCCUAAUCCGGUUCAGUCAUCACAACUCAAACAAGUCAAGUCCUGUCCUACAUACAAUAAAAUUUUCAGAGCUCUCUCUGACAGUCCUCUUUUCGAGGAUAUGAUCUCACCCGAAUCAAAGUUUGUUGGCGAAGCCCUUGAACAAAGGGAUGUUCGUACAAUUUUUGUUUCAGCCAAGGAAGGUGAGCCAUUUUCAGCUUGCAAACAUUGUUUCUAUCGAUUUCAGAUGAUAAGGAGCGUGAGAACCGGGUGAUUUUGCUAUUGGGUCCAGCAAGCGGUCAGAAGGCAGAGCUCAUCGACUUUUUAUGCAAUUACUUUUAUGGAAUCGAGGCGACCGACCAGAAACGGCUGCAUAUUGCCAAUGAAGUGAGAAAAACCUGAGACCGGUCCAGGCGGUUCAAAGGCCUGCUGUGGCCUGAACUUUCGGCCCGCUUGCAAUUAUCUUAUAGGAUUCAAACUUUGCAGGCUUUUUGAACUUGGAUUGAAGUAUAUUGAGUCCAAGUUUUAAACUAUUUGGAUUAUCUGGUCCCGAGACGUAUAAAUUUGAAGCCAAAAAUGUCGCAAUGUUCGCAAAAACCAGGUCUCUUCGGCCUUUGGCUAGAUAAUCCGAUCAGACUGAAACUUGGACACAAGAUAUUUUAAUCUUAUUAUAAAAAGCUUGCAAAGUUUCCAAAAGUUAAAAGUCCAGGCCUUUUGCCCAGCCCUGGUCAAUACCUACUUCAGACUUUCAACUCGGAAACUCCACCAAGACCAGUACAAUGUUACAUUUUCAAUGAAACCCUUAUGCCAGUUAGGCCAGUUAUUCUGGACACAAUUGGCUGCGGUGAUACUUAGUAAGUAGCGCGUAAAGUAACUGAAAAGUAUUUGAUUCCCAGUGAUGGCUUUGAAGUGCCAACUCUCAUAAACAAAUGGCUAUUGGACAACUGGAAAAUGCGAUUGGAUAUUAUCGCGAUUGUUUUCUCAGAUUUGCAUAGAAUGAGCAUGCACGAAGAGGACGAAUUGCAGAAGGUUGGCUUGUUUCACGUUUUUGUCAAAUUUUCUUUAUGCAGAUUCUGUCUGAACUUCCGGAACAUGUACAGGAAAACAUUGUGGUCUUUAUAACAGCUUCUGACGGAUCCAGAUCAUUCGAAACGAUGCUGCGAAGGUUUGGACUAUCCAAUUGUCCAAACUUUAUCAUCAACACCUCGUGCAUAUUCCAAAAACAACUGGGUAAACGCUUCAUUUUCAGUUUUAUGGUCACACACACACACACUGACUCUGCAAUUGUAAACAGACAGCGUUUUCUCGAUAAGCACGCAUUUGAUCACGGCACCAUUUUUCUAUUUCUCUCUUUCCGUAAAAGUCUGUCUUAAUCAAACAUUUUGGCGGGUAAAGUUUGCCGCCUUUGGAGUGAAUCGAUAAUCCGCCUUGUUGAUAUGGUUUUUUCACGCUCAUGUUGUGACUAUUUUUCAGAAGAUCGGCUGAAUGACGAGCAUCGGAAGAGGUAUUGGAAAAUGUCUGUGAAUCAGUUUAACAAAUUUUUCGAGAGAGUCCAGGUCAGUACUAAGACCACAUCUAAAACAGAAUUUCUCGUUUAGGAGACCACCCCUGUCACAAUAUCGGGAUUACCGUACAUCGACGAUGGUCUCUAUGGAGUUCAAGAGUCAGCCGGUGGGUCCAGCAGGAGCAGCGUUUAUUCUUCGAGCAAGUAAGCUUCUCUUUUCCAUUGGUAAUAUAAAAUCAGACAAAAAUUCCUUUAAAAUGCAAUGAAAAUGAAAGAAAAUAUCCUAACACUAACAAUCUCACUCUACUAGAUCCACGGUCAUCGAAGUACCCACCCAAUCAAAAACUGCUCCACCACCACCACCACCACCAACUCGACCAACAUCCUCUCCACCACUGCCCCCACCACCAGCAUCGAUUGCAAAACGGACAACGCCGCCGCCACCGCCGCCAAAACCAACAAUCCGUCCGCCACCCAUUCCGGCAUCUCCGCCUCCAAAACCGCCGACGGGCGAGCCUCCAACUGUCGGCAUACCAUUGUACAGUGAGAAGCAUCGGCAACACACUCAGCAACGACUUUUGUCUUCUUCACAAACAGCGACACUCGUCUCGCCGCCCAGGCCUCCAAGUUUCGCGCCGCCUGUACCGCCUGCUGCUCUAAUCACUGACACUACGGCCACAAAUGCUCUAACCAACGCCAUGUUCGAACAGUUGAAGCAAUCUAGGUAAUGGUUUUUGGAUAGCAUGCUAACUGGGUGAUGGGUUUUUACAAAUUUACAAAUUUUCUGAACGAAAGCAAUCGAGUAUCGUUUUUAGCAUGUCGAGUGUUUGUUCAGAUCAGAAUUUCAGAUCGUACGUUUUCAAAUAACAUUCGGUUAACUGAAAGUGUGUUCACAAAAAGUGUAAAGUAGCAGUUUCAAUAUUCCAUUACUUUCAGUGCUCAAUACGACUAUGCGACGUAUGGAAGUGAGCGGGCGUAUCCAGUCCAAGUCCGAGACCCUCCUCUCUCGCCUGCUGAACCCGGUGGUCUCGGACCGCGUCGUCACAGUGUUCCAGGUGAGCUCAAGGAUACUAUAGAUCUGCCCAGGUAUUGCCAUCCGAAUUCAUGAAUCAUCACCCCGGAAUGCGCUUUUGUGUGUGUGUGUGUGUACAAGUGUAUGCAUGUGCGUACCGCACGAAUCACUGAUUCACCAUAGAAGGGCAACACACUAUUGUUUGCUGUUCUUCUCGGUUUUCCCUCAAAAAUUUUACGAUAGUCCUGGUUUUCGGAUCAACUGGAAGGGAUGGACAAGGGAGACCAUCUGAUCAACUAAUCAAUUCUAAUUUUACGACUCUUCCGUGCUAUUCUUGGAAGCCGGAGUGAGAGAGGGAGUACUGAUAAUUUCGAUUGGAGGGAAAGGACACUGUGGAAGGGCUUAUCAGUAAUAUUAACGCCCCUCAAAUAUUCAUCAUACUGCUCUUAAAAUUUUUGGUUAACGUGAAGAGAAUCACAAUAAUGAGUUUGCUUUGUGCACAAGUUAUUGUGAGUUAGAAAUUGAUUCUCUUCAAACUUUUAGCACGAAAUAGAUAGUGUCUUUCAUAUUCAAGUUCUUUGUUUUGACCACCCUUGAAAACAUUCCUAUCAUCACAGCAGAGGUAAAUAGAAUAAUCAAAGGUGGUUCGGAACGCGCCCCCCAUUCUCCACUUCCACCCCCUCAUCUUUCAUUUUGCCUUUCCGCCGAUUUUGCCUUAUAUGAGUCACUAGCUCCCUUGGUCCUCACACAAAAGAAGUUUGUGUGAGCGAAAGAACGGACGGACGUACAAACCUUUUCCCUAUCCUACUAUUUUCCAAUUUCCAAUUUCCUUUUCCACUUCAGACGACAUUCGUCACUACGCCGACGAGCACACUCCGCCGCCAGUGCCGCACGACAUCGUUGACAGGUAGUCAUUUGAGAUGAAAUUUGAUUUGAUUUAUUUACUUCCAGAUACUCAACAGUGGCGUAUAUGAAUCACGACCCAAACUAUCAAUCAACUCGAAUCUAUUCGCGUUCGCCAACUCGCAGUCAAGUCGGCGUUCGUGACGCGCAUCGUUUGAGUCGCGACGAUCUUCGCAUUAUCGACGCGCCGCAUAGUAGUCCGAGUGAUUCACAGUCCGAGGAGUUGAAAAGAAUGUACUCGGGGCGUAGUGGAAAUUCUGUCAAGCCAACCGGCGAUGUUACGUGAGUGCUCUCGCGUACCAGGCUCCUUCGUUGACACUGAUAAGGGUUUUCAGAGCACGAUACGUUUAUGACACUGCUAAUCGUAACUACACUUCUUACGGAGAGAGGCAGCAGCCAGUCAGACAAUCGUACGUUUCAACUACAACAACUGACAGAAAACGUUGGUCAAGAUCAUCGGAGCCUCGCAGUGAAACCUACAUCAAUGACCCGUACUAUUCCGGCAAAGAUGUGGUGUCCGGGUACGGUGUGAUUGAGACCCGGAGAAGUCGUACCAGUCUUCAUAGUCAUGGUGGAAGUGUUCCAGAAUUGAUUCAUUCGGAAAAUAAGUAUGACUAUCAGCAAGUGAAUGAUGAGCAAGCUAGGUUAGACAGCGUCAAUUGAAAAUCAAAUUGGAAAGUGUUCAGACAGUACGAAAGGCAAUCGCGUCAAGAUUCUGCCAAUCGCAGCCGUCGGCAAUCGGAAGGUUCACGCCAAAUCUUCAUCGACCGUCGCAUCUCGCCAGAAAGACAACGACGAGAUCAGUACGGACGGUUGUACGGGAAUGUGAACAUGCAAGACAAUCCACAAUACAAUAUUCCAAGAAGAGAGAUGCCACCACCUCCGAUUCCACCAAAAACGCAGACUCAAAUUCACACCCAAAGCCAAACUCAAACCCAAACUCCAAUCAUUCAUAAGGUAACUAAAAUAGUAAAAAGUUUUCGACGUCAAUAACUCAUUUCCAGGUCAGUGGCGGUGAAGUCUAUGAGGAUGAGCGUUCACUUUACGGCGCUUAUAGUCAAAUCCAUCACCAAAAACUUCCACCUCCGCCAAGUCAGAUUGGACACGGAGCUCAACCGCAACCGCCACCACAACAGCCUCAGCAACCGUAUCCACCACGAUACGAUCAAGUUCCGGACCGUGAGACGCCUGGAAUUCAAGUAACUUUACUCAUUUUCCGGUUUUUCAGCCUCCCUCUCCAACCCUUAUAUAAUUCCCAAGUCGAUGCGUACAUCCGGUUCUCCAAUCCAAGUACGGGUUCAUCUUGCAAGCAAAUCCCCCGAAUCUGUUCGACGUGUAUGAUUUUCCACUUUUCCCUCUGUCUUUGUUUCACUCACUUCUUCAAACCCAGCAUGUUUUCUUUUCUAACCCGGCUUUCCGUUAAUUUAACAUUUUCAUCCACAUGUUUCCAGCUACAGUACGAUACAUAUGGCGAGCCGAUCUAUGUGUCGAGAAAUGUGCCGGUCGGCGUCACCGAAGAGACAAUUACCACAACUACAACCACUACGAAAGAGGAAAUUGAGCGGAAACGGAAGAAGAAGGAGGAGGAGUAUAGGCGGAAGAAACGGGAAGAGGAGCAACGACAGAAAAACGAGAAUGGAGGAGGAAAUAGGCAAAUUCAGAAUGGAGGAAGUGGAGGACAAGGCCAUUAUGAUGCUUGUGAGUAGAGUUUGGAGGGAAAACACUCUGGGAAUAUAUGAAUUUCAUUUCAGAUGUGCAAAAAGACAGCUCUCAGAAGGACUACGCUCGGUACGAUCAUCGAGGAGUCCGUGGUAACCAUCUCCUUUCCAUUUCAUUGGUUUUAUCAUUUUUCCAGAUGCAGAAGACGGUCUAAUUGAAGAAGAGUACACGAAUCGUCACAUGAAAAGAACUGUGGAGCAUCCAAAGACCAAGUACCCUCAGGGCACUCCGAGGGAUCAAACUUACAUUGAAGAUGGAUACGCUAGAGACGAGCAGAACAGACAAAAGCAGAACGGAGAAGGGUCUAGCAACAGGUACAAAUACAGUCGGAUGAAAAAUAGAACCACUUACUACGGGGAAGAGUGCCAACGCUGGAAAGUUGUAUACUUCAUUGAGACAUUGGCCCCGAUUACUGUAGCUCUGUUCUUCUUAAUCAUUCUACUAAUAUUUGUAUAUAACGAAGUGUCCAGACGAUUUUCACAACAAUAACCUCGUUUAUUAAAAUUUUCAGACAAGUCGUAGAAACUCGUCGCCGAGAGUUUGGCUGGUCACCAUCUAACUACCGUAACCCGCGUGACUGUUUCCUUAACUUGCUGUGCUUCGUCAUCGCUCCAUUAAUCAUCAUUCUCAUAAUUGUCGUAAUCAUUGUCUUUGUCAUUAUUAACUAGACAAGCCUUACACUUACAAUUACAUUAACACUUGGGAUCAUAUGGUGUUUGGGAUUUUUCAUUUUUAAUUUUGGAUAUGCUCUUCUUUUACCCUUACUGCCAUAGCUUCUGUUUUUUGAUGAAACUCUAUACCUUGAUUACUAUCAUUAUUCCCGGCCCGCCACGACAAUUUAUGUUUGAUUCUAUAUAUAUAAAUAUAUAUAUAUAUAAACCUGUCAAUAAAGAUUUUGUCCUGCUCAAAGCACAACCAAGAUACAUGUAUCCAUGCCCGUUUGCAACAAGCUUUUUGGAAGUGAAUGUUGCGUGCAUUUUCCCGAAGAGACGGAGAGAGUCCAGGUGAGCCCUUUCAAGAAAGAAGCUCGGCGAAGGUGGAGAGAAGGGAAGGGGCAGAUGUCUCGAAGCCCCUAUUUGCAUAAUUGGUUCUACGCCGGUGUGCAACGGGACCCAGAGAUGGAGGAGGAAAAACAGAGAAGCAGAGAGGUCCUUCUUUAUAAUUAGGGGGAAGCUCCGCGUAGUCCGUGGCUGCUUGCCGUUCCAUCCGCUUCAUUUCAUUCCUCUCCCGUCCGGCGCGGACUAGUGUGCCCGCUAGUGUGCUCUCGUGUUUUUUGAUGGAUUCUUCGCCCUCCCCCUCCUUCCGUAGUCAUGGCAAUAAUUCCGUUGGCCGGCGAGAGACUAGACUUCUUCUGCUCCUUCUCUAACUUCUUCUCCGUCGCGCGUCUUCGAACAACUCGCUCAUCGUUGAACCUCACCCCAUUUCAUAUUUUCCUCUUUUUGAUUAGCCGUAUUCUCUCUUCCCUCGCCACUGGUGCUCAGGCCGCCCGUUAUUUCGUAAUAAUUCAAUGCCUUUUCUGCUUUCCAGUUACAUAAUCACACGUUUCUGCAGGUAACGGCAGUUAAUGGCUCGCAGAGGAUUCAAACAUCGGUUGAAGGUAGGCACUUUUUGAAAUAUUUGUUUGUUCUAGGCGCUAGACAAGGUUUUUAGUUUGUUCUUUGUGAAUAUUUUAUGAAGUUGAGAAACUCAGAAUGAAAAAUUGAAGUUUCAAAUGUUGCAGGUUACCCGAGAGUCCAUUGAAAAGUUCUGCCUAGACCUGAAGAUUGUGAAACUGCUCACAAGUCCGGAGAGACCAGUGAGCUUUUCCCUCAAAUUGAACCGCUCAGACACCAUUUCCAGGGUUCGUCUGGCGCCGAAAGUGUAUCACUUCUGAGCGAAGAGGAGGACGACAAGUUGCCGUGUUAUAAACCGCGACCCUUCAUGGAACGUCUCGACUUAUCGCUUGUCGAACCGUCGGACGCGGUUAAGGAUGACGAGACGGGACGUGCGGCGAUAAUCUUCACGCCCAGGAAAAACUUGAACUUUGGUGAGUCAUGCCUCCGUCAAACACUUCUGCAUCACUUUCUUCAAUAUUUGCCCCUUUUUUGCAGAGUUGCCGAGGUCGCCGAGAUACGAGACGACAUCCGCUGACCGGAACGUCGAACUCAAGAGGUGACGCUUUUCCCUUUUCCCUUUUCCCCUUUCCCUUUUUUAUUUUUGCUCUUUUCCUCAAGUUGAAGUAAAGUAAAGUAAAGUAAAACUGAGCACUUUCAAAACUUUCAUAAUGUGUUGGGUUGGUAUCAACUUUCAUUUGCUCGAAUUUCUGGUCCAAAAAUGAGAGACCUCUAGAACUCAUGUAUAAUUUAUUUGCACUCAACACACGUGCAAUGUACGCACUUCAGUGGUGUAGACUUGAGAAAACGGAGAAAAAAACUGGAGGGUUCGAGCUUCUGGGGGGAUAAUAAUGAUGGCGAGCAAUGUUCCGCUUGACUAAAAGUAUCAAAUUUCUCACCCAACUGCACAUUUUGCCGUUAUACAGACUUCGGCGGAAAUCCAUCGAAUCGCCGCGAACGUUUCUGAACGGUCUCGCCGGAAUCGAGUCACUUCCGGCGGUGAUUGCGAAAAAGGAAAAGGACGUUAACGUGAAUCCGUCGCAAAUUCUUCUGGUUAGUUCACGAAUUUUUUCUUUUUUCGUGGUUGGUUCCUACUAACUCCCAAUUAGUAGUGUAUUUGUGUUGAGAGGGAGAGAAGGUGGUUAGGCGGAUGAGAUGAAAUGACGACGCCAUUAAAAUGAGUCAAUUUGUGAGGGGGUGGGGAGACGGCGCGAAAAGGGGAAGAGAAAAGGACAGGAAGACGCAGCAGUUCAGUCCUUUUUUCUAUUCCAUUCCCAAUUGAAAAGGGCGAGAGAACGUUGCCUUUGCUACUGAAAAUGUUAUGAAAAAAUGAGAUUGAAUCAUCGUUUUCUUCGGACUGUCGAGCAGAGUUCCGCCUCCGGAAACAUUCACUAUACGUUUUUUUUUUUGUUGGUUCGCCCCUCUACAAAUUGCGGUCAUCUUGUGUGGUCUAUGUGUGAUCAUCUCAAUAUCCCCAUCUCAUUCGUUUCCAUCCUCGCCCAGAUCAAGUUUUGCCAGAAAAACCGACAAACUUUAUCACCGAAACGGAAGAAGACGCCUUCUCAGACAACAAGUGUUACUCAUGGUCGCGGGAAACAUUCGCUGUCUCUUCCUAUCUUCCAUCCGUUUGCCUACCAGUUGCAAUGCAAAGAAAAAGAAAAACGAGAAAAAAAAUGCAGAGAUUAUAUUCGCUCCCAUCCUUUUCUGUUCUUCUUCUCUCUAACUCUUCCAGUUUUGACGCCUCUGUAAAAUAGUGCAUGUCAUCCAUCUUUUUCUUCUUCCCCUUUUCAAUAUUGUCAAACAUUCCUUCUUCCACAUAGAAGCCAUCAGACUGUUGAUAACUUUACCAUUUCGUCUUCAUCAACCUUGACCCAAGCUAAUUCUGUCUCUCUUGUCAGUUGGCCAGUCGGCGUAGGAGAGUGGAGUGGAAACAAAUCUUGUUUUACACUAGUUAUCGCACCCGAUCACUCUUUUCAUCAAUUAGGUGUACUGAUGACAUUUUCGAAAUUCUCUCGUCGUUUCCGACGCCGACGCCGCCGCCGCCGCCGCCAAAUGUUAUAUGAUGAGCACGUUUGUGAAAAUCAUUUCUUCAAUUCCUAGAGACAUCCUAGACAGUAGAUGAGAAUUCAGUCUGGUGAAAUGCUGAGUGAUGACGUGGUCCGAUGAAUCAUUGCUUCGGAAUUCGAUUCAACAAGCAUUCCUUCUCAUGCAGCCUAGGUUCCGUGGUUUCUCAUUUCAUCUAAGGUGAGAGCCGGCCAAUCACAAUCACAAUCACAUUCACACCAACAAUUCCUAAUCAAUUUUUUUCCAAUUCUUUUGCUAUUUCUUUAUCCUUCAGAGCUCUCACUCUUGAAAUCUUCAAUAGAGCUUGAUGUUAGUGUAAAAGUAAGAAUAAUGAUGAUUAGGUGACCACGCGUUGCACUUGUCUCUACCCCCGGUCGGGAGUGGCCAAUGAUGAUAGAACUCGAGUGAGAAGUGAGAGAAAGAGCAGAUUUCGGACGGCUCCCGACGGCAGCAGCUGUCGGGUCGGUGAAGCGGCGACGAAGGACGGGAGAGGACCCCGGGAAUGAAAGAAAAACGUAUUCGUUGCGAGGAGAGAGGGGGGAUACGCGAGGCUCACUCUCUCUCUCCGGGAGCCCGUCCGCUGUAACAAUACCAGUGUUCUAUCGUGCGGUCCGGUCCCUUCGGCUCGUUUCUCGUUUCUCGCUUCCUGAGCUCUUCUCUCCUUCACAAUUUAUUGGCUCUUCUCGAGACCUCUCUUCCAACAUUUCUGCUUUCUUGCUUUAUCUUCUUCUUCUUCUUCUUUUUCAUCUCUUUCUCUGUCCGGACGUUCUCCAUUUACCUACAACCCGCUUUUUUCUUUUUUUCAUCCUACGAUUGUGUGUCGUGUCCAUCUCUCGUUAUCUUCUCCCACAUUUUGUUUCUUUAAAUUGUGAGGGUAGCGAAUAGAAUGAAAAUCGUAAAAAUCAUCAUCACAUACAACUUCUUAUGCACCAACGUCAUCGCAAAGCCUCUUUUCCACGUGAGAACAAGUUGUUACUAUGUAUUACUAAUCAUUUCAAUCUGUGUGACUUCUGCAGCAGCAGCAACAGCCACUCCUUUCUUUUUUCCUUCCUUUCGCACUUCCAUUUCAAUCUUCUGCCCUUUUCACUAAUUGCUACCCAACCCUGCCCUUCUAGAGACUGAUCAACUUCUAAUGUUGCCGAGAAACUAGUAAUUACGCCCGCAAAACUGAGACUCAACAUUUAAGAUUUCGAGUUUCAAGAUUUCUAUUAUCACUUUCAUCACUGUCUACCUCUUUCGCCCCCUGCCCGGGAGGCUCUCAACCCGUCCCUUUGAGUGUGUUUGAUUUGUUGCGUUUUUCCAUGUUUUUCUGCAUUCUUCGCCUCCUCCUCUCACUUUUCCAACUUGUGCUACCACCUACUCAUCUCUACAAAAGUUCACUUUUUGAUUCGUUCCCUCAUAUUUCCGUGACUGCACUACAUUCUGACCGUUUCAGUACUAGCGAGGGUAAAUGUACCAUCUCGACGACGACUACUUUGCAAGGUUCAAUCAGCCGUCGUCCUCUUCUGUGCAGUUUCCGUCGGAAUCUAUACGAUACGGAGGCAGUGGGUCGACCACUACCACUUUCGGUGCCGCUGAAGACCCCACUCAAACCACACGUUUUCGCUCGCACUCGGCGGACAAUCGGAGAGCCGCUUAUCAAAAUCAGCCCAGGACCAUAUCUGAGGAUCAUCUUCACGAACCCUGGAAUAACGGUUCGGUUCGAGUUUCGGAGAUAAGCUUUCCCUCGCAGCAACGCCGACCGGCUUCGACGACUCCGUGGUCGAACUCUGAGUAUCAUCAGUCUGCUCAUAAUCUGUCAGUGCCGUCAUCCUUCUCGGAACACCUUCGCGAGCGAUCACCAGCUAGUGGCUCGGCGCUUCUCGAUUUACUCUCUCGCUACCCGUCGGCGCAACACUCUGUGCAAAAUUCGCCUGCUGUCCAAGCCUACAUCGACCGAAUUCACUCGACGGACCGGGCGCCAACCACGAGGACCUAUACUUAUCAGUCGGCAGAGUCCAACUUUCCUGUCAUCGAAUAUUCGGUUCGGCAGGAGCAACCUAACGGAGUUCGGACUACUACGUCGGUCUAUCAGAACGUGGUACCCAACGGAUACCCGAGUCAUCAACGGAUCCAGACGACAUUCACCUCAAACGGUCCGGUAACUUCCACCUUCCAACGCGAGUAUCACAAUUCAACCCCGAGCCAACAAUUCAAUCACUCCAGUUCGCUCGGUGGUCCUCCUCCGCUACUUCCACGCGAGUCGUCAUUGCAACAGCAGCAGCAACAGGCGCACCCGUUCGAAAAUCGAUCCGAGCUUCAUCGUCAUCCGCCGCCACCGCCGCCGCCGUCUCAUCAAUUUUACAACAACGGCGCACCCGUAGCCACCGCCGCUUCGUCAAGUGCGUCGUCCGGAGGCGGUUUUCGUCAGCCAAUUCAACCCCAAGUGUUUCACGACGCUGAUCAUUUGGAUCUACUUGCCGCACGUCUUCUUGAUGACAAUAUGAGUCGAAGCACGUCGGAAUGGAGCAAAUCGUUCGAGCAGUUGCAGAAUCGGUUUCAAACAUUGGAGGGAGACGAUUUGAUGGCUCCAUCCGCGUUUACGAGCACCGGCGGAUCGAUGACGUUGCCGAGGAGAGGCACACAGCUGCCGAUUUCCAAGUCUUCCAGUAACUACGAAAUGAAUAGCUCGCUUCUCGGACGAGCUGUGGAGCGAAGAGCUGCAGAAGCACCGGAGCAGAGAAGAUCGGGCGCUUUAGACAACUUCUGGAGCCAAACUAUCAGUUCAAGACCGUCAUCCCCAACUAUUCAACGCAUUCCUACGAGUUUGACGGCAGCAGAACGUCUUCAAAUGCUCCAGGAACCGAUUGACACGGAGAAGAGAUACCCACAACGAGUCGGCAGUGGUCAAGGCGUGGCAGCGAGGAAGGCAGAGCUGAUGAGAGAGACACCGAUGGAGUACAACGAGAAACCAAGAUCGCCGUUGAAUCCCGCGUUUCCAUCCAAUUCCUUCUUGAACUUCAAUGAAUUGGAUAAUGCUGUCAAUGAACUGUCGAGGACUGUCAGAAGCACCACGUUUGGUGGUUCCCCAAGCAGUACGCUCAACCGGAGAGUCGGAGGAUGCGGAAGAUUCCCAACAGGCGAGCAUGCAUUCAGUCCGCCUCCUCAGGAGUCCAUGAAAACGUCGGUCAGCCACGCUCUUCAUCGUAAACUUCAUUCGCCAUCUCCAACCGACGAUGUGAGCGAGAGUUCGUCCGUGUACCAGAUCCCGACAGGACUUCCGCAUCCGAAACCGAAGCAUAACGUCAAGGAACAACUGUAUCUGGCCGGAAUUCAAACUCCUGGAUAUCAACUUUUGCGGACAAUGUAUCGCAACGGACCCAACUUCCCAGUGCCAUCGACCGGAAGUGUCGCCUCACGGAUCACCGAGUUCGAAAAACGACCAGGCACGCCAGUUGUCCAACUCUCGACCACCACUGUCAAAUACCAUGAGAAUGUACCAGUUGUACCGCCGUCUAAAGCCGCACCGCAAACGAAUGGCAAUAUGAGUCCACGGAGUGCGGUGUUUCGCGCAAAGCCAGUCAUUCAUGUGGAUAUGGGCAGCACCUAUCAGCAGUCAUCGCCUCCGCCGCCGAUCCGACACGUCCAGGUGCACACGGUUCAAGUGCAGCCUCAGGUGCAGCAGUUCCAUCAGACCGAGUACCAGAAUCAAGGAUACCGUCCUGGUUACCAUCAACAGCAGCCCGUCAAACAGCAUGAUUCAUCAACUCAUUCGAUUUUCGAUUUCAAGUCAAAUGUAAGUCAGAAAUUUAAAAAAGUUGCUUUUUGUACAGUAAGGGGGGUGUUAGAUAUGUUAUCAUUCCGCCUGUUUACAGAAGAAAUGGGAAAGGGAAGAAAGGAUGAAUUGUUACGUUACGCUAGAGAUUCAAUCUAAAAAAUUGAGUGACCUUACUAACUGUGUGAUGUAUGUUGCUGUUUGUUAAACUUUGAAACAUUUUAGUUUAUUUUGGUUUGGCCUUCCAAGACUUUGCGUUGAAGUAUUAUAGUUUGUGACAACUAGAGUUUCCUUGAAAUCUUUCUCAAAAUCUUGUAUGAUUCUUGUACACCCGAGGAAUGUAUGUAUGUACAGAUUGCUCCACAUUGCACUUUCAGGUCACCGCUCUUAAAACUCAUUCCGCCCCCAACCCAUUGCGUUUCGCUCUUUUUUCCGAGAACUCGGUCCCAUCCGAUCACAUCUGUCGUUAUUUAUUUGUCGCAAAUGUUAGCCAUGUGAGAUGUUCUCGCGCACGUGCGUCCUCCGAUUCGUACUCUGAACGCGCGCAGCCUUCAAAAUGAGAUCAUUCAUGGAUUUUCAGUGUGUGCCUCUCAACAAUAAUAAUCCUGCGUAAUCCACGGGCGUUGCAAAGUUCAUCGGGAUGAUGAUGAUGGUGGUGUUACUAUGGUAGAGGUGGGCGGAGAAAUUUCUGUAAGGCUUCUGUUCGGAGUGUCAGUUGAGCGAAAAAAAUUGCUGCUUUUUCGCCUCCGUCGGCUACUUUGAAUCGCAAAUCUUCCAAGUUUUUGUUUCGUUUCGUCCCGCUCACAACAUCAAGUCAUUAACUAGCCAGAUGAUGGUUUAGCACCGAGGAGAAAAGAGACAAGAGGCGCACUGCGUCCACCGCGAACGAUCUCCUUCCGUCGAGCCUUUUUAUUUAUUUUCGGGAGAAAAGAGGCUCCCAGUACCUUCUCCCUCCGCCUGCUCGCCCAUCUUUCUUGUUAUCAUGUACAUUACGAUCAACUACCGUUUGUCUUUUGCAAUGUUCCCUCCCGCUGCCCUCAAUGAUCUUUUAUCGAGUCAAGCAGGCUGGCCCGCGCUAGGCAAAUGCUCCGAAGCUCAUAAAGUCGGCUUCCGACGAGUCUUUCCUCCUGUUGAACUUUGCCCGAAGAUACUGAGCUUUCGAGCUCUUGGCUCGGAGAAUCAGAGCCCCAGAGCCAAUCUCGGAUUGAAGGCUGAGAUUGAGAUUGAAAAGAUUCAAAGUUUUCGCACGAUUAACUUUUCCAAGUGUGUGUCGUCGAGCGCACGUUUUCUGAAGAACUCUUUUCUCCCGCCUCUUCUCCUUUCACCCACUCGCGUUCUUUGUCCUCUAUCUCAUCUUUUCCCACCAAAUCCGUAGAAUCUGCUUGGCUCAGAAAUUGCAACAAUCCGGAAGUUUUCUUUUUCACGCAGCUAUUUUUUCGCUGUUAACAUUACAUCCAGACCAGUUUCAUACAUUUUGUACUACAGCAUUUUCUAACUGAGCAUAGACCUCUCGAGACCCUAAAAAGAUCGGAUAUGCAAGACGAGGGGGCAACAAUCCCAUUAUAUGCAUAGAUUAUAUGAUUGCGAUACAUCCCAAGCGUGGCGAGGACUGGUGUAAAGGAAUAAAAAGGGUUUCCAUUGAAAUUGGUCGCUUCUCGAGUCAAGAAGAAGAAGUGAAAGUGAAAAAAGUUUCAUCAGCUGUGUGCCUGCUGGCUGGCACAGACGAUGUUUGUGGCGGGAGCAACGGAUCUGACCUCACAUAAACACACAUCUGCACUUCCAACACUACUACGACUUUUCUGCAGAUCCGCAUUUUUCACUUUCGGUUACUUUUUUUGCUAGUGAGAGACGGGUGAUAAAUGAGAAUCAUCAAGAUAAAAGGUACCCCCCCCCCCGCCGGGCAUUAGUAUCAGUAUGUUUAGAUCGGUUCUUCAUCUUUUUUUCUGUUUUCCCUUGGAUUUCAACCGAUACUCAUGAAAUCAAAUGUUUAUGUAUUUAUGUAUACAUAUGUGCGCUAAAAAAUUUCCAACAAUAUAGAAAAGGGAGGAAAUGCAAAUGCAAUUCAAAUAGAAGCCAUCAUCGUUCCCUUUUUACGUUUUCUUCCCGUUAGCAGCCAAAAGCCGGUUUUCAGCUAUUUUUCUUCCAGAAUGGCACGAGGGGUCAUAGGUAUUCUUCCCUGACCCCUGAUAGAAAGCAAUGAUAGUGGGUGCGCAAAACGUCUUGUUGGUAGCGCGUGCCAAACACUCUUUGUGAUUGAUCUCAUCUUCAUUUGCCUUUUCCGCUUCUAACGACAUCAUACCAAUAGAAGAAGAAGAAGAAAAAGAAGAAGAGACCCGCGAUCAUUUAUCAUUCAUCAUUCAUUCCGUUUCCUUUCGCGACGGCACUCAACCUUUUCGGGGGUGUAAUGCGGUGUGGCAGUAGUUUUUGUGUCUCGUCAAAAGUUGAAACAUUCUUUUGGACAUUACAUUUCCCAACCCGCAGUCUCACAUUUGCAUAGAGAGCCCCGGUGUGGUGAUUAGAGUUGAGCAUACACACGGCACAAUGUGCUCCGUCGCGCGAAGACCGGUCGGGUGGGGGACAGUCUCCUUUGCGCAGUUUAGGGGGGCCCUCUCAUGAAGAAGCCUGCCACUAGCGCUUUUUAUUUACGUUACGGUUUCAAUUCAUAUUCUCACUCUCUCUUUAUCUCUCUCUCUCUUUCUCUCUCUCUCUCUCUUUCUCGCCUCUCACCACCGGAAGUUGUUGUUUUGUUUCUUAUCACUGUGUACACCUCCCAGGGUGACCAUUGGCAGCCACCUUCAUUUUGUUGACUAUUGUCGCACUCUCGGAACAUUGACAGCAGGGCAGGACGAUAAUCAUGGCCACUUGAAAAAUUGUUUUGAAUAGUGUGUUAUCUGUUUUGUGAGUCACAAAAGGCGUACAUAUAAUAUGCAUACGAAUGUGUAUAUGUCUAGAGGAACAAGUGGACGAAAUUUUGCACAUUUUUGGAAAUUUUCUAUAUUUUGCGGGCCGCUUCUUCCUACCUGUUGCAUACUAGUUCUCUCUUAUCAGAAUGUGUGAAAAGGCUCUUAGAUCAGUUUCAAUCAGACUCACUAUUAACUUCUCCUUACUUUUAGUAUGUACUGUACUGCGAUUCUAUAAGUUUUUUAAGACUUUGAGGGAAUCUGUUCUUACUUUAAGAUUUUGUGCUAGGGAUAAAUAUGAAAUUUUUCACCUCUCCAAAUUGAGUGAUUUUUGAUACGCAACCCAGAGUACAAAAAUUUGCACAAUGUGGCCUCACCGACCGUUUCAUCAAUGUAAUUCCGCGUCGUUGACACCAGGACACCAAGACCCGAUUACAUGUGUGUUCCGGUAAUUAGAUGGUUGUCAUACAAGUGUGACGUCGCACAAAUAAGUCAACGCAAAUUUUUUGAAAAGUUUUCGUGCGAUAAGAGCGAGUUGUCUACAAAGUUUUGAGGCUUAUGUCAUGAUGAUUUGGUUAUCAACAAAUUAGACAUCAACACGAAUUGGAUGAGAGAGCCCAACUCCUCUCGGUGCAAAUCAAAAUCGUACUCCGGGGUGGGUGGUUAAGAGUGCCACAGACUCAUCGUAGUAUGUUUGUAUGUUAGGUGUACUUCUCAAGGACCGCAUAAUACGUUGGUUAAAUAGUAUGGAACAGUGAGAAUGAGAGAAAGAGAGAGAGAGAAAGUCAAAGAGGUAUCUACUUUCUAGUUCGAUGACCGUGUACUUCAAUCCAAGUUCUCUAUUUCAUUUCCCUUAUUUCAACGUCAUAAAUCAAGACCCCCACUCUUAUAUUUUUCUUCGUUUUCUUGCUCUCUGCCUUUCCGGCCAUCACACGCAGGCCAAACAAACUGGGAAAUGGGGGCUGCUGGAAAAAAACGUCACCUGUGCCCCAAUCUCAAUCCUAUUCACAAAAACCAUCACAUAAAAACGCAAUGAUAUCUGGCGUUUUUGCCUCUUCUCACCACCAAAAUCUUUCUCUAUCUGUUUUUGGCGCGCUUUCAUUUCGUCCAUAAUUUUUACCUAGCGAAAAUCUGAAAUAACAGGCAGACUCAUCUUGUUCAACUUCCUCUUCUUCUUAUUCUUCUCCUCAUUCUUCUUCCUACCCCAUGCUUUCCGCUCUUCUCAACUUCCGUGACCUCUAGAAUUACAUCGUCUAGGUAGCACACUGGAGGGGCCUAGUCACCAGGAGGCAAUACGUCCUCUCAGUCUGAUGCUAGAAGAGGAGGUCCGUCACCGGCCCAGUGACGCGGUCCUUUGCGAGUGCAGUGUUUUGGCGGCCCGGAGGACGACGGCCCGCUCGCGAACCAAGGCGAUAGUGGUCAAUCCGCGAACGACUUCACAACGGCGCUUCCGGCGAUUCAUCGAAAGUAUCGUUCGGAAAGUGUUUGAUAAUCAGCGCAAAUCUCCGCGAGAUGUAAGUUUUUUCUCUUAUGAGAGAGGUGGUUACCUCCCCUUUGUCGGUUUUUUGUUCGCUAUUUUCUUUUCUUCUCCCUCACACCGCAAACCAUUUCACAUUUCUGCUGUUUCCGUCUGACUGGCUAACUGCAGUGUUCGACAAAAGUGUAAAGUCAAAUCAAAAGCCCUCCCCCCACCCCACAUCCUCUAUCGCUCUUUUUUUCUCCCUCUCUCGUUUUUCUCUCAUUCUUCGUGAAGAGAAUCGGAUCCCGUCUUCUUCUAUAUAUCUUCUACUUCUACAUUGUCUCAUCUGUUUUCUGGGUGUGUGUGUGCUGGCUUCCUAUUGUGCAUACCCAGCAAAAAAAAAGCCUGGUCAAAAUUAAGUCGUCACCAAUUAGCUCGUUAUUCCUGCCGCAUCUAAUUGGUGAAAAAUGUGAGAAGUCGGGGAAUAUGCAAGCUUUCCCAGCGCCCAGAAACUUCCGCGUUUGGAGAUUGUUGCGAAAUCGCACUGUGAGUUUGAGUAGGGGAAAAAAAAAUGUUGAUAAAAGUUCAAGCUCAUCACAUAAUGAUUUUUGUUCAUUUCAGAACAUCUCAGCUGCGUCAGCCACUCAAAUCCAAGCUGAUGUCACACCAACCAAGUAUGUUUGAGCGCUUUGUCGGGGGGUAAAAGGGAUAGACAACUCAGUACCUGGUAGCACCUGACUAGUGGGUGAACAAAUUUGAACAGCAUGCUGAUGGUAGAAAAGUUCGACAAUCACUGUGAACAUUGUUCACCGAGAUAACUUUUUUUCCAUCCGCUUAGCGCAUAGCCUCAUCCUCGCCUUAAGAGGGCUUCUUCAGAAAAAGUGAGAGUUCACACAUGAGCAAAUCGUAGUAGUUGUUUGCUCAGCUAUUGGCUCCAGGAGCUCCCCCCUCUACAAGUGGGAGGUAGACACAGGCAACAACGGGUGUUUUUCGACGCGUAGGAAGAGUUGGAAGAUGGUGAUGACGCAAGAAGAAAACAAAAAUGCGGGCGAGAACCUCUAAACUUGUCACCUGGCCCCGGCCAGAUGAGAAAUUGAGCACCGGAAAUGAAAGUUAUGGCCUGUUUUUUGCAGAAGUGCACACCUGGCGGAGCUCAAUAUCGUCUCACCGCCCAAGAGAACUGCGUCGGCGCCGGCGUCUAGGUUGAACCUCAAUGGAGCGUUGGAUAGUAAUGGAAACUAUGGAAGGAAGACUGCUUCCCAAUCGGAUCUCAACUACUCGGCCGAACUGUCAGUGGCGGCUCCAACUAGGCACGCAAUUCCAGAGCUCGACCUCACAUUUGACAACUACAACGACGAGUAUAGGCCCACACCAAAACCGGUUCCAGUUAUCAGUCGUCCUUUGCCACCUAAGCCGGUAGCGCCAAAAGAACCGUAAGUUCUCAAUUUUUACAACUUUCGCCUUAUGUGAGAACGCAUUUAGAAUCUACUAUCCGCAAGGUAAACCGGUACCGCAACUUCAGAACGACACAGCGUUACGGCGAGUUUGUGAGGUCUUCCGAUCGCUACCCAAUCAAAAGGUGAGAAAUUGUUGACUGGGUGACAAGACGACAAGACGCGAUGAAGCAAGUGAUGAAGCGAUUAAUCAAUGCUGUUGUGUUUAUAGUGUACACUCGAGAACAUGGCAGCGGUGUGCGAGGCGGCCGGAUUGCCCACCUACUGGAAGAUGCCCGUCUUCCUCGCCAUCACCAACGACGACGACCGACCGGCGACGCAAGUCGACUUCACCUCUUGGUGGAAGGCGAUGACAUCUGUUGCUCAUGACGAGGCCUCCAGGUUUUUAUGCGAUUCUCUUCCACUCAAAACUGAAUUCAAUCUUCGUUCAGAUUUGUGUACACAUUGACGCAGGGAUCGAGGAGUUAUUUGCAGCCCGAAGACUUUUAUGAGAUGCUCAUGGAUGUGAUUCACACUCAUCCCGGACUCGCGUUCUACAGAGAUGCCACCGAGUUUCAUGACAAGUAUUGUCAAGUGGUUAUGACUAGAAUAUUCUGGAAUGAUGCACACUCGUGGUCCGGCAAAUUGACGACGGACCGAUUGCGGAAGGGAGGAGUUCUACAAGCCAUCAGAAAUCUUCAGUUUGACGAUGACAUCAACAAAUCGCUGAGAUACUUCAGGUGUGUCAAAAUAUUUCAUAACUUCCUGUUUUCAAAUUCCUAGAAACGCUUCGAUCCAAGUGCAAUAAAAGUUCUUAUUAAUGAUGAAAUAGAUGUUUUCAGCUAUGAACACUUCUACGUGGUGUACUGCAAGUUCUGGGAAAUCGACAGUGAUCAUGAUCUCAAAAUCUCGAAAUCCGACCUGGCACUGCAUGCAGUCGGAGCACUUGUUCCCUUGGUGAUAGACCGGAUAUUCUCAGGAGCAGUGACGAUGAAUCCGAACCGAGGACAACAAGUCGAAGAAAUCGGGCUCGCCGAGUUCACCCAGUUCCUUUUGGCUGAAGAGGAUAAGACACAUCCCACAAGGUAUACUAUUAUUCUAUGUACUUUUCUCAACCUCUUUCUCUAUUUUCAGUGUCGAGUACUGGUUCCGUAUCCUGGAUUUGGAUGGCGAUGGCCUGGUGACCCUCUAUGACAUGGAACUGUUCCACUCUCAAGUUCAAAGGAAGUUGGCGGCUGAGGGAAUCGAUUCGAUGGGUUUCCCAGAUGUUGCCUGUCAAUUGAUCGACAUGCUCAAUGUGCCCGGAGUCAGUUCGUUCCGUCUGAGUGACCUUAAAAAGUCGUCAUUACGCGGACGAUUUAUCAACACUUUUGUGAACUGGCGCAAGUUCUUCGCGCAGGAAACGAAUGAGGGAUCCGAGUCGCCAAGAAUUGAGGAUGAAGGGGGACAGGAACUAACCGAGUGGGAUAGGUGAGUGCAUAAUAGUUUGGUGGGAAGUGAAAUUCAUAGUUGUCACGGGCCGAAAAAAAUGUUUCACAAUGGAGUUUUGCAGGUACUGUAUCGAAGAGUACGAGGCAAUGAUGGAGGAUGAUCAGCAAGACGCAGAGACUAUGUGAGUUGUGGUGGAAUCUGUUUCUUUGAAAAAGUGCCCGUUUUCAGAAGUCUAAACCUGGAAGAAGACGACGGUCGCGCAACUCUUGCCUACCACGAUGUUCUCUAA